GGGUGCUGAGGGGAGAUGCUGCUGGUACUGGUGACGCUGCUCGGCUGUGUCCUUGCAGCUGACGCUUGUCUGCAGUGUGACCGCAGGGUCCGACUCCUGCAUGAAAACUUAGCCCUGUCUGCCCCGACCUUGGCCGACCAGAUGGAAAUAAAAAAGAUUUACAGCCACACGUAUGUGAACUACAUAGAGACCAGCAGGAAGCGAAAAGGAAUAAUAGAUUUCACUACUCUGUACAGAGCCGGGACCGAGUACCGCAGUGAAUUCAACCUCUUCCUGAAAACCCCUCACUCUGGAACAUCUGAAGCCAUUCAGAUCAUGGAGAAGGGCAGGAGGAUCUUAGAGAAACACCUGGACGCCUUCAUCCGUGAUGGAUUGUGCCCCAACAUGUGUGGCCUCCUGAAACGGAGAGUAAUGGAUUGCGUCUCUUGCCGCUUCAAGAUAUACGUCUGUGCGUCUCCCUCUGGCCAGCAGGAGUGUGGUGAGCACCGAGUGCAGGCCGAGGAGGGAGGCCAGGCACUGCUCGACUGUUUUCUCCCAUGGCAUCAACUUCUCACGGGAAAACCCGAGUAUCACUUCUCCUGGGCUCCAGGAAAACCUGGAACUGAAAAGCCGAACGAGACCGACUUCAAAGUGUUGGUGGUGACAGAUGAGUCCUUCUGGAUCCUAAAUCAGCUGGAAGUGGAGGAACAAGGGACGUAUCGCUGCUCGCUUCAGGGACGAAGUGGAUCCGUCUUCUAUCGAGUCACUUUCCUGCUCACUGUCGUACCUUUGCCUGACGAGCCUCAGAAACCCCGGCUCACUCUGCCCACACUGCCUCUCGAUUACGAAUACUCAAAUGAUCAGCACACCGAGAAGAUAAUGGUGGCACUCCUCGUCACGAUUACUGCUCUGGCUCUUGUGGCGAGCGCCGGCCUCGUAUUCAUCAUGAGAACGCUGAUUAAGCAGUGGAGGAGUCGCAGAGGAGGAGGACAGAGUGGAAACACCAAACAGAGCACAGCGUGACGACAACACUGUAUAAACACACUUUAAUGGUUUUACUCACUUCAGGUUGUACAUUUCCCUUUGUGGUUGAAUAAAUUUCCCAAGUAAAAGUGUGAGGCUAUGUCUAGAGAAGAGGAGGAAGUGAGAAUACAUGUUGGGUACACACACAUUGACUUUAUUCACAUCAUAUUUCCAUUUAACUUU